AUGGCUCUACUACGCCAAGAUGACCGCUCGCUGGACGACUCUUUGGGACAAAGUUCAUCGCAAGAAGAUGAUUACGAGCAGCAAGAUUUGCGCCCUUCAUUCUAUGCGCAUGUUCCUUCGGUGGAAGAAAAGAGAAGAUUGUGGAUUCAAAAUGCGACCGUAAACACAAUGUUUAUCGGUUCUUGGUUCUUCUUCGCAAUUCUUCUUUCAAUGUAUAACAAAUGGAUGUUUUCCGACUCUCAUUUCAAUUUCCCCUAUCCUCUGUUCGUCACGUCGCUACAUAUGGUCGUCCAAUUUAUCUUGGCUGGCCUAGUGAUCAGCAUAUGGCCUCAUAAAUUCAGGCCAGAUCGAUACCCCACGACUGAGGAGUAUGGGAAGAAUGCGGUCCCCACAGGCGCUACCACAAGUCUCGAUAUAGGGCUUUCAAACCUUUCACUUAAAACUGUAUCCUUGUCGUUCUAUACUAUGGUCAAAUCAUCUUCUCUAAUAUUCGUGCUGCUUUUCGCCUUCCUCUUCCACUUGGAGCGUUUUUCCUGGCGCCUUGUAGGGGUCAUCAUGCUUAUCUGUAGCGGGGUCCUACUUAUGGUAGCGACGGAGACGCAUUUCAUUCUCGGUGGCUUCGUACUGGUAAUUAGUGCAAGUGCCUUGGGCGGUCUUCGAUGGGCUUUGACGCAGCUAUUGUUCCAAAACAAGAAAAUGGGCUUCAGCAAUCCUGCGUCUACGAUAUUUCUUCUGAGUCCUAUAAUGGCGGUGACGCUCAUUAUCUUGAGCUUUUUCAUCGAAAGCUGGUCUUCUCUAUUGAAGAGCGAGUUUUUCACUUCCGGUAUCACUCGAACAAUAAAGACAAUCCUACUCCUUCUUGCACCCGGAGUACUUGCGUUUUGUAUGGUGCUUAGUGAAUUCUACAUCAUCCAGCGUGCUGGGAUGGUACCGAUGUCAAUUGCAGGAAUUGCAAAAGAGGUCGCUACCAUCAGUGUAUCAGCAUGGUUUUUUGGUGACGAGCUCACUCCACUGAACAUAACUGGUGUUGCUAUCACAAUAUGUGGCAUCUGUCUUUUUACCUACCACAAAUACUUGAAAUCAAUACAAUCGACGAUACCACUGGACGGGCAUGGUAAUCCUAUCCUUCCCGAGGAAGAGAUCGCUCUUCAUCCUAGAGAUGACUCUACUGAACUCGAUGAAACGUCGCGGUUGACUUCAAAUAGUGCGGAUAAUCUUGAAAUACACCAAGUCGUGAGUAAUGACAUUUUGCGUACUUGA